UCGGGCUGCUGCACCCCUUCCGAAAGAGAUUCAGUUAGUACAUCUAUUUCUUGCUUCGCGGAAUGUUGUAUCGUCGUUGUGGAUAACGAAAUAAUUGUCUGUAGGAUUUAUUCAUUGUCCUAGCUACUUCGAAAGUUGUUUGUCGGAAGAGAGGCGGACGGUUUUGGAAAUAGUUGUGAGGGAUAUGAAAGUGUAAAGGAAUACUUUAUUUUUUGAGACUCAAACAAAGUAACAUAAAGAGGCAUAUCUACGUUCAUGGCUGCUGGGGACGGUGCCCAGCUGCCAGCGACAAUAGCGGCUAGCCGGAGCGUGGAGAAGUCGCUCGAGGAAGCUGCAGCGAGUGGUGCUCUGAACUUGUCGAAUCGUAAAUUGAAGGAGUUUCCCCGAACCGCCAGGAACUAUGACCUGUCCGAUAUUGUGCACGCAGACCUGUCUAAGAACCGUCUGUGUGAGCUGCCAGAGGAGCUGUGCCAGUUCAUCUCCUUGGAGACGCUCGUCCUGUACCACAACUGUAUUCGCUCCCUCACCCCCAUUCUCUGUCACCUACAGGCUCUCACCUACCUUAACCUCAGCCGUAACCUUAUCUCCAACCUGCCCCCCUCGGUGUGUCAGCUCCCCCUCCUGCGAGUCCUGAUCGUCAGCAACAACAAGCUGUCGGCCCUACCCGCCUCCAUACACACCCUCACACACCUCCGACAGCUGGAUGUGAGUUGUAAUGAUCUGCAGUGUCUGCCGGUGGAGCUGGGUCAGCUGGAGUGCCUGAGAGACCUCAACCUGAGAAGGAAUCGGCUCACCACGCUGCCCGAGGAGUUGUCCGAGUUGCCCCUGGUCCGGUUAGAUGUUUCCUGUAACCACAUCUCCCACGUGCCCGUGUGCUACCGCCACCUGCGCCAACUCCAGACCAUUGUAUUGGACAACAACCCCUUGCAGCAGCCUCCUGCCCAGGUCUGCUCCAAGGGGAAGUACCACAUCUUCAAGUUCCUCAACAUCGAGGCCUGCAAGAGGAACCAGGAGGAGCUGGAGAGAGCCCUGAGACCCACCGGGUUCAACAGCUGUCUGUCGGACCAGGAGCUAUUCUCUGGUCUGGACUCUGGCUUCAACAGUGUGGACAGUGGGAGCAAGAGAUGGUCUGGGAAUGAGUCUGCAGAUGACUUCUCAGAGCGGUCCCUACGCAUGGCUGAGCUCACCAGAGACCAGAGGAACCUGGAGGAAGAGGUGGAGGCUGAGGAGGACUCUCCCCUCACCGAGACCCCAAACAGGGUGAAUGGGGAGGCAGAGCAGGUGGUUUCCAUAGACUGCAGUGUCACCGAGGAGGAAGAAGAGGAGUGCAGGACGAAUCAUCCCACUCCCCUGCUCACAGCACCCCCACAGGAGAAGACCAAGAAGUCCUCACCACCUCCCCAAACACAAGACACUUCUAUAAGCAGGUCCAGUAUCAGUGUGGAGGUAGGGGGCUGUGGAGGUAGGCCCCUGCCCCCCUCCAGUCCCACCCUGGAGGAGAGGAGGAGACCAGGCACCCUGCUCAUCUGGCAAGAGAGAGAGAGGGCCCAGCAGCAGAAGAGAGACCACCGGGCCAGAGACAACGGUUUACUGAAGACGACGACGGCCAAAACAGGAAGUCAUGUGGCAACGCUCUCACAAACGGGAAGUAGCUCAAGUGGUGGCUCACCAGACAACCGCCACUCCCAGAACAGCCUCCGACAACGAUGUGCAAGUGCAGAUCAGAUGUGCACAUCAAAUCAGGUGUCAUCGUCUCAUACGCCGCCCGUUCAGUGCUCUGUUAGCCGAUCAGACGGUCCGUCGUCUCCCAAGGCAUCGUCCCCUCCAGGCCUGACCCAGAAACCCAACAGUUUCCUAUUCCGCACCUCGUCUCGCUGCAGCGUCAAGAGUCAGGUGUCCAUCUCAGGCUCUACACAGAGUCCGGUGGAGGCAGGCCGUACUGAGUUGCGCUCCGCGUUGCGAGGAGAGGAGAGACUAGAUGUCAUACAGCUACGCAAGACUCUAGAGCCGAGGUUGAAGACCACCCUACCAGAGGAUCUAGGGGAGGCAUUGUCCAAUGGCACGGUCCUCUGCCAGCUGGCCAAUCACGUGCGGCCCCGCGCAGUGUCAAUCAUCCACAUCCCCUCCCCAGCAGUGCCAAAGCUGAGCACUGCCAAGUGUCGUCUCAAUGUGGAGAACUUCAUCGCUGCCUGUCGCAAGCUGGGGGUCCCUGAGACGGAGGUGUGUGUGUACUCUGACGUGUUUCUCUGUAAGCUGCCUGCUGUGCUGCGCUGUGUGGCGGCCCUCGUGAAAUAUGAGGCAGAGGGGGAGACAAAGGGUGAGACUCAUACCCCCCAGACAGUCACCCCCCACCCCCCCCACCUCUCACUGCUCUCGGAGGGCUUCCUGGUCUUCUACUGCCUGGCCAUGACCCUGAUCUACACACUAUACUACCACCUGGUUGCAUAGAUACUGAGGGAUUGUGUGUGCUACGUGUGAGUGUGUGAGAGAGAAAGGGCGCGAGAGUGCGUAUACGCACUUGGACUGACACUGACGUGAAUUUGACCACCUAAUGCGAGCAUUCAGAGAACCAGGAUUGAAAUGAUCCACCGUGAAUUGGUUGAAAAACACACAUGCAAAACAGACUCGUACACACACGCAAACAUGCAACUGCCCUGGCAUGAGGUAUGCAGGGCGAGAGCGAGGCCCACAACACAGGAAGGACUGUCAGCUGCUCCCUCCAACCCCACAGCUGCUCUUGUAUGUCAUCAUGUGUACAUGACACAUGACAUACACAACCCACACUGCACACAUCACAGUAGAGCACACUGUGUAUACUUACAACAGCUGAUGUGGUUGGGCUCAACAUGAAACCAUAUAUUAAAAGCAGCACCCUUUGAGUAGAUGUGCCCUUUAAAGUUAAAAGUACUCCUCUGGCCCAUUGGCACCGAAAAGGCAUUUAUAUAAGCUAAAAUACCCAACUUUAAAGGUCCCUUCUGACAUGAGAACCUAUGUGAAUGAAUAGCAGAGAAAUACACUUGUGAAAACACUACAGAUGAACAGUAAAACUAAACACUAUAAUGGACAUUUUAAAGGGCUUCCCCACAUGACCACCUUAGCAUAGUGCCCUAGUAUUUACCCCUCUGAUGCACAGAAUGUCUCUAUGUCCUGUCUCCAGUGAGGGAAAGCUACUUAGAGAACUGUAAACACCCCGUUGUAACCCUUGAGGUGAUAGAAAGGGUAGAAUAGGACAAUAUCACCCGAUGUCUUUCAAAUAAGAGGACAUUUUGUAACUAAGACUCUAAAAUUCACUGAAAGAGUUAAGACAUUUUCUCAUGGAAGCCACUUUGUGCAAAUGAGACAAAUCACUAGUGCUUCCUAUGACUGACUGACUAUAAGACCACUCACUGACCAAUGCUUUCUACUGUUAUUUGUCUGCUAUGUCUGACUGUGACCACCAGGGGUAGUGUUGCUACACGCCACAGGACACCGACUGCUAUGCCCAAUGUUUUAAAUGUGUAAACCGACGGUACAGAAUCAUUUCAAAGCUUAUUUUUGUGGUUAGUGCUGUUUUUUGUUUGUUUGGUCGGCUUAACAUUCUUCAUGUUUGUAUAAACGUAAUCAACUCAUAGAAUUAUUAUUGUCUUUUUAUAAAGAAAAUUAAGAACCUUUUUAUUUUUGUUGCAGUGCUCGCUGAAAGAGUGCAGUGGCCUCAUAGAUAAAAACGAACUGAAAUCAAUUGGGUUAAUUCACUUCCUGAUUGACUGAGUCAGAUUACUUGUCUUAGCUGUUCAUUGGGACCACUUUUCUAAAGCUUGCACAAAUAGCCAUUAUGGUAAAGAAAAGAUCAUGGUUAGUCUGAUAGUUAACUUAAGUUUGAAUGAACUGUAAUGUGAUCCUUUCUUACAGUUUAGUCACUACAUUUCCCAUCAGCCCUAUUGUGUACACUAUUGCUGUGGGUACUCUUGGGAAGCUGAGUUUUAGUGCAUUGUGAGGCCUCUGCUUUCUCCAGCAUAAUGCUAUGUUGUAGCUUACUGAGCGCUCUGUGAAAAAUGUGAUGUCCAAGCAAAAAAUACUGAGGCGUACUACAUUUAACACACACACACAAUGUAAAUGGAAGGCAUCAUUUCAACAUACACCUUGUAUUUGAGGUGUGUGUCUUGCAGAGGUGUCAUCCUAAUACUGUAGUCAGGACUUUCCAGAGGACCGUAAUAUAUACUGUACAUAUUGAUGGGGCUUAUUCACCUUGCGUGAAGUGGGCAAGAAGAGCGGACAUUUUGGUGGUCAAGGCUAGGUUGUUUCAGACUGGGUCCAUAAGGGAUCUGUAGACAUGUCUUUUUCCCUAUCUUUGUCUGUUACACCAUUGUUUUGUGCAUAACCACAUAGUCAUCAGCCUUGUUGGAAUUGAAUUCGCAAUAAUGCUUCAACCAAAAUGUAUGUUUUAUAAAAACAAAAACGGUGGAUAGAACUUAAUUAUAUUCUUAAAAAGGUUUAAAAUAACAGAAAUACUGUUGUAUUUUGUAAUAUUUAUAUUAUACCUAUGUAUUUAAAAUGAGACGAUAAAUAUGAGUUUAUAUAAAAUCUAUAACGUAUUUUUUUCCUGCUGUAAAGAAAUUAUUAAAAAAAUGAACUUUUUGACCAUAUCCGGUGUCAUCGUCUGCUUUUAUGUUGUCCGCUUGCUGCUAAAAAUCUAUUCAUGUUUGUUGUAUUCCUCCAGUCAAAAGCUUUUGUUGCAUUCUGCUGGUUUUGGCUAGCUAGAUGGAGUACAGCUACAAACAGAAGUGACUACGUAGCAGGUUAGGACAACUAAUGCAGCAGGUUAGGAUAAUUAAUGUAGCAGGUUAAGAUAAUUGGGUCAAGGUUAGGAAAAGGGUUAGCUACAGUUGUCCCCGACGCGACUCGAACAUGCAACUUUUGGUCUGUAGCUGUAUUCCAUCUCGCCAAAACCCAUUCUGCCCUGUGCUUUAAGCUCGGUUCUGCCCUGUUGAUACCAGGUUUACCACUGUAAUUUUGUGUGCUGCCCUCUAGUGGAAAAGGUGAGUUUGUGAAGCAGCUCGCAAAGCAGAGGUAAUGACAUGAAUUUGACUGCACCCUGCAUGUUUGGAUUGUGGUGGUUAGCAGAGGGUGGUGAUGAUCCAUUCGAUGGGCUCUCAAUAGUCCUUCAUCAAUUCCUCAUGUCCUCCUGAGCCCUCCACAAAUUGGUGACUCCAGCUCUGCCUCGAGGGCAGAAAUGAAUGGAAUUGUUUAGGCAAAGAAUGUGAUUGGCAAGUAUGUUUAGGCAAGUAAUCACAAUUUGUUAUGGUUAGGAGUUGGGUUGUUUCGUGUGAAUUGCUACACCUGGAUUUAAACCAGAUACACAAUAUAUACAAAAGUAUGUGGACACCCCUUCAAAUUAGUGAAUUAAGCUAUUU